UGCGUAAUAAUUAAUGGAGAGUGAGACUCUUCAUUUCUCUAACGUCCGACCCGCGAUUAUGUAAAGAGAAAGGCAAGAUUUUGAUUGAUGCUCCACUUCCUCGCCUGCGAAUUUUGGCCUCUUUACCAACCCAUCAGCUGAUUUUCAAUUCGUCACUGAUCGCACAUCUGGAGCGAAUUGGAGUGCUCAUUGUGCUGUGGCGGGGAGCCUGACAAACCGAAGCUCGGAAGUGGUUAAAGGCUGUUUUUUUUUCUUUCUAUAUAGUGAAAAAUGGCGUCUUCCCCUGCCGAAUGGAGAAGCAUUGGUACGAUCUUGAAUCAUUAUCAUUAGCGGCCUGGUGGAGAUAGAUCAGACAACAAACGCGAGCUGCCCUUUUUUUUGGUGGGUUUAGAAGAAUUAGCAGUUGUGGGAUUUUAAUCGGAUAAAUUCUGUACCUCAAUCGCUGUUCAUCAGCAAGCAGAUGGACAGCAGGAAGGUCGUCGUCUGCGACAAUGGAACUGGGUAUGUCAAGUGUGGAUUUGCUGGAGAGAAUUUCCCCACUUCUGUUUUCCCAUGUGUGGUGGGGAGGCCCAUGCUUCGAUAUGAAGAAUCUCUCAUGGAACAACAAUUGAAGGAUAUUGUUGUUGGAGAAUCUUGUGCGGAAUUGAGGCAUCAACUGGACAUAUCUUAUCCUGUCAACAAUGGAAUCAUCCAGAAUUGGGAUGACAUGGGUCAUGUGUGGGAUCAUGCAUUCUACAAUGAACUUAAGAUAGACCCAUCAGAGUGCAAGAUUCUGCUCACUGAUCCACCUCUUAAUCCGAAAAAGAAUCGUGAACUGAUGAUUGAGACUAUGUUCGAGAAGUAUAACUUUGCUGGGGUCUUCAUUCAAAUCCAAGCAGUGUUGACAUUGUACGCCCAAGGUUUGCUGACUGGACUUGUCAUCGACUCUGGUGAUGGUGUCACUCAUGUGGUUCCUGUUGUUGAUGGUUACUCAUUUCCUCAUCUUACGAAGCGGAUGAAUGUCGCUGGUCGGCACAUAACAUCGUAUCUGAUUGACCUUCUUUCACGGAGAGGGUAUGCAAUGAACAGGAAUGCUGACUUUGAGACUGUUCGUGAAAUGAAAGAGAAGCUUUGCUACAUAAGUUAUGAUUACAAGAGGGAAUACCAACUGGGACUUGAGACUACUAUUCUUGUCAAGCAUUAUACUCUGCCAGAUGGAAGAACCAUUAAAGUAGGUACAGAACGGUUUCAGGCACCUGAGGCUCUUUUCACACCAGAACUUAUUGAUGUUGAAGGUGAUGGAAUGGCUGACAUGGUGUUUCACUGCAUUCAGGAAAUGGAUAUCGAUAACAGAAUGACGCUAUACCAACAUAUUGUAUUGAGUGGAGGAAGCACCAUGUAUCCUGGCUUGCCUAGCCGCUUGGAGAAGGAAAUACAGGAUCGGUACCUUGAUGCUGUUUUGAAGGGAAACAAAGAUGGGUUGAAGAAAUUACGAUUAAGGAUUGAGGAUCCGCCUCGAAGAAAGCAUAUGGUCUACCUAGGAGGUGCAGUUCUUGCUGGCAUUAUGAAGGAUGCACCUGAGUUCUGGAUCAGCAGAGAAGAUUAUCUAGAAGACGGAGUCGAAUGCCUGAACAAGUGUGGUCAAGCAUGAGUUUUGAGCACAGUUUACCUGCAUUUUUCGUGUUAUUUGUAUGCCGCCUUUUUUUUGUUCUUUCAAACUGAACUACCUCUAUUUGAGUUCAGUUUGAUUGUAUUAAGGUUCUAUGCAAUUGGUGUUAUCUAAUUGAGUUCGUAGCUAAUGGUGGAUUUUGUUAGAUGUUCCCUGAAGUAUGUUCUUAUAUAGGCAGACAGCAAAUAUAAAUGUUGUGAGAAGAAUCUACAAUGUACAUCUUUGAAUAUGGAUCAUAAAUGUCACAACAUUAGUGUCAAAGGAUUAUAGAAUACAAAUUCCUCAUUAGA